ACACGCCUUGAAACGCGUGACGGUGAUGUCACUGUUCCAGGCAGCAUUGUAGCCGGAAGUAUCUGAAGUAGAAAAAUAGAGCUAAGAGGAAGUGUAGAAACAUCGAAGCUUUUACCAUCUACUAUUUCUCUUAAUACCUGCUUACGGUUAAUAGUGGACGGAACGAACGGUGCCUUCAGAGAUGUCGAAUAUGGACAAGCACUUGUUCAAUCUGAAGUUCGCCGCGAAGGAGUUGGUGAGGAACUCCAAGAAAUGCGACAAAGAAGAAAAGGCAGAGAAGUCCAAAGUUAAGAAGGCCAUCCAGAAGGGCAACAUGGAGGUGGCCAGGAUCCACGCUGAGAAUGCCAUCCGGCAGAAGAACCAGUCCAUCAACUUCCUGCGGAUGAGCGCGCGGGUGGACGCCGUGGCUGCCAGGGUCCAGACCGCGGUGACCAUGAACAAGGUGACGAAGUCCAUGGCAGGCGUGGUGAAGUCCAUGGACGCCACACUAAAGACCAUGAAUCUCGAGAAGAUCUCGGCUCUAAUGGACAAGUUUGAGCACCAGUUCGAGACGCUGGACGUGCAGACGGCGCAGAUGGAGGACACCAUGAGCAGCACGACCACACUUACCACCCCCCAGAAUGAAGUGGAAAGUCUGAUGCACGAGAUGGCUGACGAAGCUGGGCUGGACUUGAACAUGGAACUUCCCCAGGGGCAGACCGGGUCCGUGGGUACCAGCGUGGCCUCGGCGGAGCAGGAUGAGCUCUCCCAGAGGCUGGCCAAGCUCCGGGACCAGGUGUAAGUCUGUGACGCAGCAGCUUGGCCCCGCUGAAUCACACAGCGCCGCGUCCACAGCGGUGCAGCUGAAGUGGAAUAUCUAUUAAAGCUCCCUCUCCCUCUGUCUGCCUCGUCGCAGCUCUGUUCUCAGACCUGCCCGCUUCUCCCUGUCCCUGUGCUGGGAGAAACGCACAACGCCUUCGGGAUUCAGCCAAACAUAGAUUUUUUUUUUUGUUUGCGCCUUGCAUCUGUAGUACUCUCUAGGUACAGCGCUGCGAGGAGGAAAAAUAAUAAAAAAAAGCCAAACUUCAAAAUGUUCUCUUCCGGCUAUAGAAAAUUAAAUAAUAGAUCGCUCAUGAAUGCCACCCUUAAGACAGCUCUUAAAAGGGUUGUUCCUUAACCGCUGUAUUAUUGUUAGUUUUCGAUAGAUUUGAUGGUUGACUGAUCUUAUGUUAAAAUAAUUAAAUAUGUUUCAUGAUUUUUUUUUUUGUAAAGGGCUGUCUUAAGUAGGGGUGUUUUCGGAGCCUCAAAAGCCAGGCUCUCGUGGGUAUAUUGAAGUAAAACAUGAUCCUGACUUUUAAUCUGCUGCUGAAUCCAAAGGUCGUGUUCAGAGGGCCGUCUCUGUGCUGUACAGUGGCAAACAGGUGGGAAGCUACAUGACACUAUUUCAGGACUAAGUCCCUUGCAGUAAAAACAUUUGCAGAUCCCUGUCCAGCUACUCAAGGUGUUUCUGACAGGUUCAGUCUCAUUAAUUGUCGCCGUUUUAUCCUUUUUAGUUGUGUUUGCUUGUCCACACUCCCAACAUACAUGCAAAAAAAGUUACACUGACACCUGCUUGGUACUUUGUUUUUGGAUAAAUGGAAUCUGCAUUUCCUUCCUUGAUAUUUAUAUUACAUUUAAUGUUGUUUUCGCUGGACUGGGGGGAUUUUCUUUGUUGGAACAAAAAGAUGACAGAAUGGCUGUUUGAUUGCCGAUAUCUCCUUCUUUUUACUUGUCUCUUGGUCGUGGUUGCAAACAAAAUCUGGGGAUAAUUGUUCCUUGGAUGAUUUAGGACUUGCAGAGUAAAUAAAAUUAUUUUUUAACAUGAAA